AUGCAAAUGAAAUUAAUACUCACAUUGAACAAUAUUCAGCUGGGAUACAUGGUCGAGGCACAGAAUUUGUCUGGAGGAGUUGCACAAAAUUUGGUUCAAUUGGAAGCUGUUACUAGAGAAAAUGCCAAAUGCAAGCAUGAAGAUGAUACUGUUUAUGGAAUUGUCACCAAUGGUACAAGUUGGCUUUUCAUUGCUUUCUCAGAUCAUGACAUAAUUUCAACAAGUCAAACUAUCUACCACAUAUCAUUUGACAAUUUAAGUAUUUGCCAAAGAACUCUCAAGAAUUAA